CCUGGGUGUAUGAAAUUCUUUGAGACGAAGACCAAAGACAGGGCUUCCCUGGCACAAAUCUCACUAUCCAUAACGGCUUUUGGUUUGGAAUGGCAACUACCUAGUCGGAUAUUCAGACAUAUUUACUAGAGAAUAUUACCCUUUUGAAGCAAGUGAAACCUGCAAGCUACUAGUUUCGACAUCAACUUGGUCAGUUGGUGAACGACUACUUCAAUGCUCAGGGGGUUUAGCAACAUGCCUCAAUGACCGUCACACCAGAUUCAAUCGCAACCUUGGUGCUGCAACAAUUUGAGAAGCUACCAGCCAAGAGGAAACCUCUAGUGCGCGACAAUGGCAUUCACGAAUGGGUGCCCCUUAGUGGUAUCGUUGCUCAAGGCCUCGACAGCAAACUACACUGUAUUGCUAUCGCAACAGGCAUGAAAUGUCUACCCACAUCCAAGCUCCCCCUAGCCCAGGGAAACGUCUUACACGACUGGCAUGCCGAAGUACUGGCCAUCAGGGCAUUCAACCGCUUCAUACUAGACGAGGCAAAAGCGCUUUCUCAAGGGACAGUCAAGUCAUCCGAGUUCCUGCAGCCUCGGGAUCACUCCGAGCUCCUCCACCACCAAGACGGCAACGGUAACGGAGAUGCUGGCCGGGUAUGGCACGGCCAGCCCUUCGCAUGGCGAGAAGGAGUAAAGCUGCACAUGUACUGCUCCGAAGCACCAUGCGGAGACGCAAGCAUGGAACUCACCAUGGCCGCGCAAACCGACUCCACCCCCUGGGACGUCCCCCCCAGUUGUUCCCUCCACCAAUCCAACGUCGGAGGGGAGGGACAACUCCCGGGACGAGCCUACUUCUCACACCUAGGCCUUGUCCGCCGCAAGCCUGCCCGCAGCGAUGCGCCCCCCACCCUCUCCAAAUCCUGUUCCGACAAGCUCUCCCUCAAACAAUGCACCUCGCUCCUGUCCUCUCUAACCUCCCUUUUCGUCUGCCCGGCCAACGUCUACAUCGACCGUCUCGUGCUCCCCGCAUCACAAUAUUCUGCCUCAGGGUGCGCGCGGGCCUUCUCGUCCGAAGGGAGGAUGGCUGGGCUGACGGGAAGGGACUGGAAGGGGGGUUACGAGUUCCGGCCUUUCGGGGUGGAGACUUCGGAUCGGGAGUUUGGGCUUUCUAAGCGGAGUGUGAAAGUGAGGGCGGGGGAAGGUGGCCAAACGGCAGCGAGUAAUUUGGCGGUUGCUUGGACGCGAAGUGGGUUGGAGGAGGGUACGUUGGGAGGAAUCUUGCAGGGGAGGAAAGCUUUUGAUCCCCGGGGCGCGAGUUUUGCAUCUAGGAGGAAGAUGUGGGCUCUGGCUGUGGAAAUUGCUGCCUUAUUGGGAAUGGGCGUCACCGAGGUACAAAAGGCACUGGCAGCAAAUAGCUACGGGGAUAUCAAGAACUCAAAGCUCUUGGAGGCUCGCCGAAGAGUUAAAGAGGAUGCAGUAUCUGAGGCCUUGAAGGGAUGGGUGAAGAAUCGGGGGGAUGAUGCUUUCAGUCUGGGGCUUAGUCACCAAAGUAGGCAAUGAUCAAGAAUACAGUGCACCUGAAAGUUGCGCGGAGUUGAGGAACGUGGUUUCAUUA